AUGAUGAUGGGAAUUGGCAAAAAGGCAAAGUUGAUCGGAACAGUCUUCAGAGCACGAAGGGCGCUCAACCAACGGAUCGCCAUUCUCGAAUUCCAAAUCCAGGAAAUGAGCGCUGAAAAGGAGAAGAGUGAUAGGAAAAUCCGUCGGCUGACAGGUACAAUAUACGAACAAGAGGAUACCGCAAGAAAAGAUGCUACCGAGUUGCACCAACAAGACGAAAUCAUCGAGCGUCUUCAAGAGGAUCUCUCUAGGUUAGAGGGACAGCAAAGGCACCUGGAGGCCAUGGUCAUCGGGCAGCAAGAGGACGCACUCCAGUCACUGGUAACCAACAAAUGGCACGCCCCCAAAGAAGAUCGAUAUGUCAGGGACGAGCUCUCAAAGCUGAACGACAAGCUACGCCAAUGGGCGAGGAAUAACAGCAUGGCCACAUUCUCCGAUACAGACAGCGUCGCGCUAAAUAAUAAGAACACGCUCGUGGAACUUCUCAGCGGCUAUUGUGCUUGCAAUAAAUGGGCCACACUAAUCAACAAAAUCCCAGCGCCUAAGGACAGGAUCCCAGCUCUUCUUGUGCAAGCCGCCCUAGCGAAGGAUCUGUCUGAAAGGCUGUUCAUAGACCCAUUCUUUGCAUUUGACGCCAUUGAGCUCGACAAGUCGGUGCCAGGACCAGAGCAGAUGCGUACCCUCCAAAGCGGCAUGGCGAAAGUUCAAACACCCUGA